AUGAGAAGAGGGCGAGCGACGGCCGGAUUGUUGAAUAUCCGGGUGAUCAGGGGGAGGAACCUCGCCAUGCGAGACGUCCGAGGCAGUGAUCCCUACGUCAUCCUCAGCACCAGGAACAAGGUUAUUCUCCUCUCUCUCUCUCUCUCUCUCUCUUUCUCUCUCUCCAUCCCUAUAUCCAUCCAUGGCGUCGAUUGUUGCUUUGAAUCUGCUGGAGUAUGGCCGCGAUGGAGGACGGAGGGGGGAAGAAGGAGAAGGACGAAGGAUCAGUGCUCGGAGGCGGCAGAUCGGGGGUCGGAUAGGCGGCCUCCGAUCCAAUUUCUAGGGAUGCGAGAGGGAGGAAGAUAGGCUCCUCUCCGUUGCAAACCCUACUUCCCUGCCGCGGCGGAAUAUCCUGCCCCGUGCUGCGCAGCCUACAGAUUCCGAUCAGAUUGAGCACCGCCGGCACGGCCUCAUCCGAUCCUUUCGAUCACAGACAGGAGGGAUUGGCGGAGAAAUCGAAUGACUAAUUGAAGGGAAGAGGAUGGGCGGACUCUGGCGGAGAUUAACACCGAGCGAGCGAGAGAGAAAGAGAGAAUGAUUGGGCUUAGAUGGGACCUGGUAAUCCCAAGUCAGCCCGUACUGACCUGACUCGGGUUAUUGGGGCGCAUAGAAGAGUCUCAAUAUGAGGACAUGGGAUUGAAUGCCAGGUAUAAUAAAAAUAGAUAGAGAGAGAGAGAGAGAGAGAGAGAGAGAGAGAGAGAGAGAGAGAGACAGACAGACAGACAGACAGACAGACAGAGACAGAGACAGAGAGGGAAGAGAGAAAGGAGGGAGAGAGAGAGAGAGAGAGAGAGUCGUUUAGACGUCUGAGCUCAAGGGGUAGGUCGAAUUAAUAAGAUCUGAUGCCCGGAUUCCGUGGGAAUCCACCUGUAGAAACUCUAUAUAGUAGAGCCUCGAGUGGCCUUAAGACCCACGCUAGCAGUGGUCAACCCUUGGGAUUGCUUUCAAGGGGACAAAGUCAACCCGGUGAAGUGGCCCGACGACUAAUCAGGUGCCCACAAUCUGCACGCACAGUGUAUCAGAUCAUAAUUUCUAUCAAAUAUUUCUAAAGAUCUGAUUAUUCUCACAUACAUUUUCUUAAAAAAAAUAAAUCCUGGGAUGGUAUCCAUUAGAAACUGGACGUAGGUGGAGAUAAAGUCAAACCACUAUAAAUCUCACAGUCCUUCUCGUUAUGAUGAAUACCGGUGCGGACUCAAUUAAGUCAACCUGGGUGUUGACCUAGGCCAACUUGUGUUGACCCAAGUCUGAUUACAUAUAGAACAAGCAUAAAUAAUCUAAACACAGAAAACCAAGUCAUGCAUUUUUCUCGAGAAAGUUUCCAUGGCAAGUAGAAUAUUACCAGCUGAUAUUUUCUACCGUCACAUUUCCACAAAUGGGCGGUGACCUCAAGAACUAUUUGUUCAGAAACGUUGACUUUUCUCUUCUAUCUUUGUCUUUCUUUUAAUGUCAGAGAGUAAAGUCGCGGGUUAUUAAAAAAGACGUGAACCCAGAGUGGAACGAGGAUUUGAGCCUGUACGUACAGGAUACGACUGAUCCCGUCAGGCUGGUAUGUUCCCAUCGGCUGUGAUCUUCUGUGCUCGUUGACCUUUCCUAAUCUAGAAAUAAUCGAUGUGUGUUUUUUUCCUUUUCCUUUAAUGAGCGAUUUCAUGAUCAGUUGACGACAUUUGAUCUUCUGGGCGCGUUCCUUCUGUCUUCUUGACGACUUUAGGAGGUCUUCGACAAGGACACCUUCUCCCAAGACGACCCCAUGGGGAGGGCAGACGUUGACAUUGGGCCUCUCAUUGAAGCCACGGUGGCGGCGAGGAGGGGUGGCGUUGACCCUUCGGGAGUGAUAAGGGUCGUGACUCCCGAGUCAAACAGCGCGCUGGUGAGCGAGAGCAAGAUCCGGCUCUGCAAUGGGAAGGUGAUCCAGGACAUGAUUCUGAGGCUCAGAGACGUCGAAUGUGGCGAGGUGGAGUUGCAGCUGGAAUGGAUCGACACCGGAAGAGCUUGGUGA